GCCAAUGUAGUGGACAUCUGAGAAGAAUGCAGGCGGCACAGCUUCAACGCGUGCAUCUCUUUGACGACCUCCAUUCUGCCAGAACGACUGGAGAAUCUGCUGAAGCGUCUCUCAUCGAUCCUCCUUUUAUUCGUCUCAAUCUUCUUCUGCCAUCAGUUGCAAAGAAUUGGAUUGGAUAUAUAAUUGGUAGCUUACAAAGGCAGGCGGCUUCGCGCUAACCAGGGACAUUGUACAUAUAAUUGUGCUAAUGCCCGAGUAAGGGGACAACGGAGACUCUUCGACCAUCUUGGCCAAUUCUUCAGAGCUGUUUCCAACAGAAGCCCACUCGUAUCGCCCUGCGGACGAUCAUGGCUGCAACGUCAGUUGUCUGCAACCCAUGUGGCUCCGCUCUUAUGGGGCCUUCGACAAGCUACAUGAAUUGCGCACAGGCGCCAAUGCAAAGCGGUUUCCUGGGCCAGCGGGUUGCUGCCGUCUCAGGCUCUGGGACUACUCGACGAACGUCGCCGGGGGGGCUGUCGGUGCGGGCGCUGAACAAGAAGGAGUUCAUUGACAAGGUGGCGGGCAUAACCAAGUUCAACAAAUACGACACAAAGACCGUGGUAGACACCGUCUUUGAUGCAAUCAUUGAAACGGUGGCGGAGGGGGACAAAGUGCAAAUUCCUGGUUUCGGCGUUUUCGAGCCCCGGAUCAGGAAAGAACGCAAGGGGAGGAAUCCACGGACUGGGGAAGCAUUGAUAAUUCCAGAGGCCAGAAUUCCUCAUUUCACGGUCGGCCAAUACUUCAAAAAUGAGGUGAAUGGCAUCACUAUACCAAAACACCUUAGAGAGGGACCAUCAGACGGUGCGGCAGAGUAGCCUGAUAUCGCGGAACCCUUUCUGUGAGUCAAAGUUUGGUAACAAUCACAAACGGGACUUCAGCAUUGUAAAAGCGGACGGCCCAAGGGCAGAAUCUCAAAGGCAAGGUUGUAUACGUCUUGGAAGCAGCUUCCCUGGGCGUGUUUUUUUCGACGUGCCUAGACAUACUGACGCUCCAGCCUGUGGCCGUACUUGAGCACCAAUUGAUUGAGAGCAUGAUAUAGACGUAAAUGCAAGCUUUAGGGCGCUGCACUGCUUGGAAGUGCAGCGGUUCAUAUGCGGAGCUUGCUGAAAACAGACAGUCCUAUCUGUGCAGAAGCGUUAUCAUUUUGCUGAUUGAUUGAUCAGCCAGCGUUCAAUCAUUUCAGCAACACUUGCAGCAAUAAUUAUGCAUACGCCUCCACCUCGACCGUCG